UCAGUUAUCAAUACAUAUAUCCUUCAUCUUUUUACUGAAAUCCGAAUCGAAAUGAAGAAACUAAGACAUUUAUUACUAAAUAUGUAUUCUUUGAUAGAUCAGUUGAGUUUUAUCUUAACAAUUUUUAAAGCAUAUAGCAUUGCGCUCCAUGUAGUAUUGCGCAUAUAGUAUUCACAAAAAAAGGUAUUACUCGAUAUAGCCAUGACGCUCUAAUUUUUCGUGGAAAUAAAAUUUAUGCUACACAGUAAUUGUAGUAAAAUGAGAAAACGCAAUGCACACAUCGAAAGCAGUAAAAACUUAGUUCCAGUAGAAAAUAUGAUAAUUUCAUGUGUUCGUAGAAUUCUCCUCUUCUGCGUUACUUUUAGUCUCUGUCAAUUUUUAUUCAAUUUAUCGUGAAAUUGAAUUAAUGAGUAAAUUCAAAUUGAUAAAUAUAUCAUAUAAUCGAUAUUUUUCCAUUAAACGCGUAGUCAAAUAUAUAAGAGUGUUAUUGGGCGAAACUAAACGUUGCCCAAGUUGUUCUCUUAUAAUUAAGCGUUUAUAGAUAUAAAAAUUGCAUAGCAGUAGGGAUGAAGUCGUUGAUCGUGUUAAGUUUCGUUGGGUUUCUUCGUUUUAAAAAAAUUCGUGAAAUGUUCCUGAAACGUGCGCUGAAAUCUUACACAUUAAAAACAAAAAUCCGAUGUUCAAAGUAAGGCUACUCAAAGUUGAAUAUAGAAUAUCGGCACGUAUAACGAUGUGCUUCCGGUGAUCGAACGGUACUAAGAAAAUGAGGUUAAACAUUAUUGGUAAUGUUAAACUUUUCAGGUCACAAUAAACGGUCCAUAUACGUUAUAGGUAUAUAUUAGUUCCACGUUAUACCGAUAUCAUAUUUCGGUAGAUAUUCCAUGAAAUCAGUAACUACAUUUUUACAUAGAUUAAAAAAGUACUAAUUGUGAAAAUUUUAUUUUCAAAAUAUGCAGUACCAUAGAGAUUGUGUGCUCAUGUUAGAAAUUAAAUCGAACAGAUGUACUAUCGGUUCGUUAGUUUCUAGUUGUUUCUAUAUUUUGUUUUUGUACUUUCUUCAUUCUUGUUAAUCGCACAUUGACUUAUGACAAAAUGUCAAUAAUUCCCGCGUUUACGAUAAAAUCGUACGUUCGAUUAGGAAAAGCGUACAUUAUUAUUCCCAUCGCCAGCUUUGUACCGUAUGAUCGACGAUUAAAAUUAUUUUCAGUGUCUGCAGUACGGGAUCGUGACCUAAAUUAUUGCAAGCGCUAAUACAUAUUUUUUGCAUUAGAUGAUAAUAAUUGCAAAAUUCAUUCUACUUUUUUUUCAUUAAACGGUUCUUGCGACAUUUGUGGAUACCACUCGCUAGAGAAAUCUUCACGGUGCAUUCAUUAGAUUAGAGAUCACCCUUUGUAGUCUAAUAACCAUUUUAAUCAUGUCUAUAGAAACGUGAAUGGUUCUGAUAAAUAAUUAACCUAUUAACUGAAUGCAGUGUAAACUGAAAAUUUUUUCACCUUAUUAUGCUUUAUAGGUACCGAUAAUUCACAUGAAUAAAAGAAACGAUAACAUAUAUAAAAGUCUAAAUUAAGUAAUAUUUACUUAUUCAUAAUACUUACUUAUAAAUUAUACUUAUCUAUAAUAAGUAUUAACUUAUUAUAAAUAAUCAGCCAUGUCACUGCGUCACGCCAGAAAAAUUACUGAAAAUUCUCAACGCGAGAAUUGAUUGUAAUUUUAAUAAAUAAAUAAAUAAAAAAAAAACAAAAUAUAUAUAAAAGCGUUACAAGAUCUGACAAAUGUGUCAAUGGCCUACCACAAUAUGUACUACGAACCUAGGUAGGUACUGUGAAAAAGAAACACAAGUACCACAUAUUUUUUUUUUAUUAUUUAUUAAAAUUACAAUCAAUUCUCGCGUUGAGAAUGAGUACCACAUAUAUCAAUCAAUAUCGAAGAUGGUAUCUCACUGGGGGGUAGUCAUCCACAUGUUACUUACCAAUUAAGUUAGAAAAAUUUACCAAAUGUCCAGCUGGACAAAUUGUAAAGUUUAAAUUAAAUAAUAAAAAAAAAAAAAAAGAAAAAAGAAGUACCACAUACCAGUCUGUGAUUUACGGUCUGUAAAUUCCAUGCGCAUUGGUAGAAAUGUAACAUACAACGCGAUUUUUAUAAAAGUGAUGAAAAACAGAAGUAUCUUUCCAAUUUUAACAAAAUAUAUAUAAGUUUACACUUCUAUUGUGUGCAUAUAAUUAUUAAUUUGAAUUUAGGUAAAAACAACACUUAAUAAUGUAGUAGGUCUCAUUGUCAGCGGAAAUUGAAAACGAUUAAAACUAUCGAUCCUGCCUCUUUUAUCAGACUUCGAGAAAGAAAGAAUAAGCUAAAUAUUACCCGAUCCAUGUACUAACACUGUUUAUAACAUUCUAGAAAGCGUAUCUAUAUCCACACUUAUUCCGUAAUAUAUGCAUAGUUAACCCUCUGACUUACAAUUCCUGCACGUUAUCACACAAAUAUUUAUUAUCUACGAACGUUAUGCAAAACGUGUUAUUAUCACACCUUGAACCGUUAGGUAUCUGUGACAAAGAAAUUCCUUUCGUUGCUCGCUCGAAAAUCAUAUCAGGAGUAAAUAGGAGGUUGUUAUCAAAUGUUUGCCGUUUCCACCAUAUUUAUGCAAUUAUGCGUGUAAAGUAUAAUCACAUAUCGUGCACCUGCCUAGCAAGAAUGAACAGAUUAGCGCCUAUGACAUUACUUUCUAAUUCGCAUUCUAAGAAAUAAUCGCAUCUGAUUUCGAAUCGAUUAUAAACCAUAAGCCGGUAAUGAAGAACGGUGGGAUAAAACAUUAUAGUCCGUUAAAUUUCAAUUUAAAAAGUGAUGCCAAGCAUUUCCAACUUUCUUUCAGCUAAGUUCUAUUCUGUAAAGGGUUUUUAAAGUUUAAUCUUGCAUGAGAAAUUUCCUUCAUUAUUUUGCGUGGUUGAAAAAAUUUGGAAAUACAGUUACUAUAAUAAAAAAAAAAAAAGAUGUGUAAAUAUAAAAAAAAUAACAUAAUAAAUCUGAAAAUAUUAUAUAUUUAUAAUUUUGUAUUAAAGAUUAAUGAGAAUACGAAGAAAAAACUAUUUCUGAAGUGACCAAGCUUUCUGUUUGAUUCGUGCGCGUCUCCAGUGAAGCAGAGAAGUGAUUUCAGCGGGGCGAUGCACGAUAAGCAGUGCAAAUUUGUCAUGACGGUAGAACCGUGGUGAAAAAUUUACGCGUUAAAAUAUUAGCUUAGGGCUAAGAGUACGACGCCGUCCUUUUUUCGGCGCAAAAAUCUAUGUCUUUAAUGGAGGGGUUAGGUACGGUGUUGCAGGUCGUUUACCUAACAGCAAGUAAUAUGAGUAUAAAAGGACGGUCGAGUCGUGGCAGACGACUAUUUCGUUAAAAUACCUCACGAUGCAGCCGCGAACAUUCUGCUUUAUUGCCGUUUUCGUUGGUUACACCGUGUUUGUGUACUCCGCCCUCGGUACACCGGUCGCGGUCACAGAGGCAGCAACGUCGGAAGAACAAAAGAUUCUCCUCGAUUGUCAGCACUCGGAUUACAGAACCUACAUAAAAUGCCUGCGGAGGCAAAAGAGACAUCACCCCGUACAUGGGGAUUUCGAUCAUAAUUGUUUGGAGUCGUGCGUGAAGAAAUGCCAGACAGAACGCGCGGCAGAUUCAUGUGAAAAGAAAUGUGGUCACUGUUUGAAGAAAACAAAGCAUAAGCUUCAAAUAAUCACAGAAUACGAAAACGAGUGCGUUUCUGGAAAUUGCAACGAAACUAGUAAAAACAGCAAUCAUUCAGGAAAUACUAACUUCACCACAAAUAUCGAAAUCCAUAACGUUAUUGGCAAUGGAAGUGGAACGUGUUGUCCUACGUGUCGACCACCAGUUCCGUGUGGUUAUGAGCCCCCGUGCCCUCCACACAUAUGUCCUCCGUAUUGGAAUCCUCCUCGACCUUAUCCGCAGAUUACAGCACAGCCUUCUAUAGGAUUAGUCUUUCUACUAACGUUUGGAUGUCAAUAUACUAAUCAAUGGCCUUGCACCGAUCAAUAUAUAAGAAAUCCAAUAGGGCCAAUUGAUUGUUCAGGUUGUUUAUAUCCACAGAUUCAGACUAGGUGCGACGUGUCUUGUUAUAAUAUGGCGAUACACAAACAGUAUGGCGAUGGUGGCAUAAGUGGUACCCUCGGAUAAUAAGCAUAAAAACUUCAAUAGUAUGUUGUUACGGAGCUAUAACAGCUAUAAAAAUAGAAACAUAGAAACCAAAAUAUAAUACUUAUAAAUAUAUAAUGAAUAUAAAUAAAAUAUAAUUACAUUAAUUUAUGGUUUCUGUACUUUAA